GUUGUUGUGAAACGUGUCUAGAAUGUUACUACACUAUUUUAUUUUUCGACGAAUUGUCCCGCCAUUCGAUGAUCAUAUUUCUCAUAAUAACGUUCUCUCAUUGGUACAUUUUGGAUCACCUGAACAGUUCAACCUAUGAAAAGUCUCUACGUAAUUUCGCAUGAAGUAAUUACUACAUGAAACAAAAAAAUAAAAAAUAAAAUAACGUUAUGUUUUUUAAUAGGUCACAAGUUUUAUAGAUGAAAAAUAAAACAAAUAUUUUUACGAAAUAUUAAAUAUGAAAAUGUAAAAUAUAAAUUAUUACCUAUGUCACGUGACUAAAUAAUUAAUCAAAUGGAACGAAUCAAAACGAUGCAAAUAAUUCAUAUGAUUUUCUAGCCGGUAUAACCUAUUUUGUAUAAAAUGUUUAAAAGAAAUUGUAUAUAGUAUAUCGAAAAUAUUAUUCGUUAGAAUGGUCUAAAUAUAACAAUUAAAAUAAGGAAAUGUAUUUAUUAAUUUGAAAAUAUUUAAUUUUUCUACGACAUGAGUACCACAGAAAUAAAAUAUAAGUUCGAACGAGAAAUAGAUUGUAAACAAGGUGCAGUACGAUCAGUUCGAUUCAGUGUUGAUGGAGAAUACUGUUUGACAUGUGGAUCGGAUAGAAAGAUAAAGUUAUGGAAUCCUUACAAAGCUACAAAUUUAAAAGUCUAUGGAGGACAUGGAGACGAAGUAAUGGAUGCUUGUGCAUCUUGCGAUAGCAGUCAAAUAAUAUCUUGUGGUUUAGAUAAAUCUUUAAUUUUAUGGGAUGUAAGUACUGGAACUCCUGUUCGGCGGUUAAGAGGACAUGCAGGUCCUGUAACAACUGUAAGAUUUAAUGAAGAAUCAUCAAUGGUUGUUUCUGGAUCUCGAGAUAAUGCUGUUAUGUGUUGGGAUGUACGAUCUAAAUCAAUAGAACCUGUGCAAUGUUUGAAUGAGGCCAAAGAUUCAAUUUCUAGUGUUAGAACUUCUGAUCAUGAAAUUUUAUCAGCAUCGUUCGACGGGAAAAUACGAAGAUAUGAUAUUCGUGUUGGUCAAAUGUAUUCGGAUUAUAUGAAAGAUGCAGUGACAUGUGCUAGUUUUACAAGGGAUGGACAAUGUAUCGUGGUUAGUUGUGCGAGUGAUGUAGUACGUUUAAUUGACAAAGAUACUGGAGAAUUACUUGGUAAAUUUACUGGACAUACAGCUAAAGAUCUGUGCUUAGAAUCAAGUGUAGAUUCUCAAGACACACAAAUUCUUUCGGGCUCUGAAGAUGGUAAAUUAUGGGUGUGGGAUUUGGCAACACAAACGGUUGUUGCAAAACUUUCUGGAUACAGACCAUCGAAAUACCCUACUUUAUCUAUAAAUGUGCAUCCAACUAAAAAUUGUUUUAUAGCCGCGAAUGGCUAUAGUUUAUUAAUGUGGACUGCAGAAUCUACUAAGAAUUAAAUAAGGUAGAUAUGUGUGGAUGUAUAUAUGUGUAUAUAUAUGUAUAUAUUUAAUAAAAUAAUAUCUAUAUUAAAAAUCUAUAAA